UUUCGCGCGGCGCGGGGGUAGCCAACGACGCGACGCGCAUGCGCCUCGUCGUCGUCGUCGUCGUCACUCCCGCUCCGCCAUGCCUAGCCCGACCUGCUGCCACUUGCUCCUGAACCCCGCCUGCAGGUCCUACCACCGCACCCGCCUCCGCCUCCUCCCCCUCUCCGGCGCCGCGCUGCCGCCGCGCCGGCGGGUCCAUGUCUACUGCGACGCGCAGAGGAGGGGCGGCACCGGCGACGGUGGCGGCGGGGUAAAGCGCGAGGCCAUACCGGCGGGAGCAGGGAAGGCUAAGAAGCAGGUCGUGUUCUUCGACGCCGCGCCCCCCGUGUCGCAGCGGGGCGGCGGCGGCGGCGGGGAGGAGGGGGAGGUGGCGAGGAAGAAGAAGGAGAAGGAGAACGCGGCGUUGGGGUUGCUUAGGAGGGCGACCAAGAGGACUCUUUCGCUGCUCUCCAACCUCCCGCUCGCCAUCUCCGAGAUGUUCGCCGUUGCCGCACUCAUGGCCCUAGGAACGGUGAUUGAUCAGGGGGAGGCGCCGAGCUACUACUUCGAGAAGUUCCCCGAGGACAACCCGGUGUUCGGGGUCAUCACGUGGAGGUGGAUCCUAACUCCCGGGUUCGACCACAUGUUCUCCUCGCCGGUCUUCCUCGGCCUCCUCGCGCUGCUCGCGGCGUCGCUCAUGGCCUGCACCUACACGACCCAAAUCCCCAUUGUCAAGGUUGCGAGAAGAUGGUCAUUCAUGCAUUCUGCAGGAAGCAUCCGGAAGCAAGAAUUUGCGGACUCACUGCCCCGCGCAUCCAUCCAGGAUUUAGGGGUUAUAUUGAUGGGUUCUGGAUAUGAGGUAUUCACUAAGGGGCCGUCUAUGUACGCUUUCAAAGGACUGGCUGGUCGGUUUGCGCCUAUCGGCGUGCACAUAGCUAUGAUUUUCAUCAUGGCAGGUGCCACGCUUAGUGCGACGGGGAGCUUCAAAGGAUCGGUGGAUGUACCCCAAGGAUUGAACUUUGUUAUUGGAGAUGUGAUGAAACCCAAAGGCUUUCUCUCUUUCGCGCCUGAUGUUUUCAAUACCGAAGUCCAUGUCAAUCGGUUCUACAUGGAGUACUAUGAUAGUGGAGAGGUUUCACAAUUCUAUAGUGAUCUUUCACUUUUCGACCUUGAUGGCAAAGAGGUGAUGAGGAAGACUAUCAAAGUGAAUGAUCCCCUGAGGUAUGGUGGGGUCACAAUCUACCAAACAGACUGGGGAUUUUCAGCACUGCAAGUGAAGAAAAAUGGUGAGGGCCCUUUCAAUUUGGCCAUGGCCCCCUUGAAAUUGAAUGGGGACAAGAAGUUAUUUGGAACAUUAUUGCCACUUGAAAACUCGGGUUCUUCCAACGUCAAAGGAAUAUCGAUGCUUGCUCGAGAUCUGCAAUCUAUUGUGUUGUAUGAUCAAGAGGGUAAGUUUGUAGGGGUUCGUCGGCCAAGCUCAAAACUCCCCAUUGAAAUAGAUGGUAAUGAAAUAGUCAUUGAAGAUGCCAUUGGUAGCACUGGUCUGGAUCUUAAGACUGAUCCAGGAGUUCCUGUUGUGUAUGCUGGAUUUGGUGCGCUCAUGUUAACGACCUGCAUUAGCUAUCUUUCGCACUCUCAGAUAUGGGCAUUGCAAGACGGAAGUACAGUAGUUGUCGGAGGGAAGACAAAUCGAGCCAAGCUUGAAUUUUCAGAAGAGAUGAACAGAUUACUUGAUAAGGUACCAGAAUUGAUCAGCAUCAGCGAGAACACGACAGAUAGUAAACAAAGUGCUACUUAAGGAAUUCUUAUUGGGACUGGACUAUUUAAAAAGUGCAAAUGUUCACUUGUUAUUGAGGUUGGAAUUCACAAAAAAUCUUCAAGAGCAGAAAAACUAUACCGUCUUUUCGGUGGAAGAUAGUUUAUUCUACAAUCUAUACCGAGAAGAAACUGAGCUGAUAAUGUCACUCAUUACACAGUAGGACAAUGUGCCAGAUUCUGUAACAGUUUUUUUGGGGAGUAUAUAUGUAGAAAGUCAUACAAACGCACUGAAAUGUUGCAUUGAUUAGUUCAUUGUUGCUGCAAACUUAAGAUAUGGAUGUGUAUAGAUACCUCUGUUGCAAUAUUUCAUUGAGAUGGGAACGAAAGGUAUUGUCAACGGGAA